GCCACCAAACGAGUUUGUACAUCGUGGAUUUGAAGGAGCUUGUGUUUGAGUCGAUCACCUGGCCCUUACACUUUAUAGGAUAAUGGGUCACCGUGAAUGGAUUGGUCUGGUGCUUAAAGACUCAUCUUUCCAGCGGGGUCUCUCCUUGGGACAGAGAGAGAGAGGACUGCAGUGAAGAAAAUAGGGUUGACAGGGAGAAGGGCUAUACAAUUAACUGGCUCCCUCGUAGACCUCUCAAGAAAAUACCCCACUGGCCACAGACUACAGAUCCAUGAAGGGAGAGGUGCAUCACCACUGUCACAUCAGAAAGAGACCAGUGUGGACAGGAGAAACACACAGAGGGUGAAGAUUUAAUCUACCAUGGAAAGGCUCUUCUGGGGUGUCCUACUGGUAGGAAGCCUUCUGACCACGGCACAAAGUUGUCCAUUCCAUUGCACCUGCCAGAAUCUUUCAGAGUCUCUCAGCACCCUCUGUGCCAAUAAGGGGCUCCUAUAUGUGCCACCAAACAUCGAUCGUAGGACUGUAGAGUUACGACUGGCUGACAAUUUUAUCAGAGUGGUAGAGCAAGAAGACUUUCUCAACAUGACUGGGUUGGUGGACCUUACAUUGUCUAGAAAUACCAUUGAUACUAUCAAACCUUAUGCUUUUGGGGAUCUAGAAAGUCUAAGGUCUUUACAUUUAGAUGGAAACCGCCUAACCGUUAUUCAUGAAGAGGCUCUGAGAGGUAUGCUUAAUUUACAACAUCUCAUCAUAAACAACAACCAGCUAGUAACAAUACCAGUCCCCACUUUUGAUGAUUUCCUGCUUACACUGGAAGAUCUGGAUUUGUCCUACAACAAUUUGGUCACUGCCCCAUGGGAAGCCAUACAAAAUAUGGUGAGCCUUCACACCCUCAACCUUGAUCACAAUCUAAUAGACUAUGUAAUGGAAGGGACUUUCUCAGAAAUGUAUAAACUAUCCAGACUGGAUAUGACAUCCAACAGACUCCACACGCUACCUCCAGACCCUUUGUUUGCCAGAUCUCAGACAGGGGUGGUAAGCCCAACACCCUACACAUCUACCAUUUCUCUCAAUUUUGGAGGGAACCCAUUUCACUGCAACUGUGAGCUAUUGUGGCUACGUCGGUUGGUGAGAGAGGAUGACAUGGAAACUUGUGCUUCUCCUUCUCAGCUAGCCGGACGUUAUUUUUGGUCAAUACCAGAAGAAGAAUUUACCUGUGAGCCUCCACUCAUCACCCGUUACACACAUCAGUUGUGGGUUCUAGAAGGGCAGAGAGCAACUUUGAAGUGUCGUGCUAUUGGGGACCCAGAACCUGUCAUUCACUGGGUAUCCCCUGAUGAUAAAAUCAUGCCCAACUCCUCCAGGACUGCUUCAUACAGAAACGGGACACUGGACAUUUUGGUCACCACCAUCAGGGAUGAUGGAGCAUACACCUGCAUAGCCAUAAAUGCUGCAGGAGAAUCAACUGCUAAGGUGGACUUGAAAAUGAUACCUUUGCCUCACCGUAACAAUGGUACAGUCAGUGUCUUGAGGCAGGACCCUGGGUCUUCUGACAUCACCAUUUCAUCAAAGACAUCUGCUAAUACCACAGAAGAGAAAAGGGCACCAGAAAGUGCAGUUGUUGUUACAGAUGUCACUUCUUCAUCCGCAUUUGUACGAUGGUUCAUGAAUAGAUCAGCCUACGUAGUAUGGAUGUAUCAAAUCCAGUAUAACUGUACAGCUGACGAGACACUUGUGUACAGGAUCCUGCCAUCUACUACAAAGCACUUUGCCUUGAAGCAUUUAGUACCAGGGGUGGACUAUGACCUCUGUGUCUUGGCCAUUUUUGAUGAUGUUGCAACUUCCUUGGCUGCUACAAGAUCUUUGGGAUGUGUUCAGUUUUCUACAGGAGAGGCUUAUCCAGACUGUCGCUCACUACAUGCUCAUUUUUUGGGAGGCACCUUAACAAUAAUCAUUGGAGGAGUCAUUGUGGUAACGCUACUGGUCUUUACAGUGGCAAUGAUGGUCAAAUAUAAGGUGUGUAGCACCUCUCACACAAACAUUCCAAAAGUUAUCAACGUUUAUUCGCAGACCAAUGGAAGCCAGCUGCUGCCUAAUGGCAUGCUUCUUCAAAGCAGGAUAAACAGUGACUGUGCCAAGGCCAGCUGCUCCCAAGUGUCAUACAGAGAAGAUAGUGGGAGGGUUGUACACGGUGUCAAACCACAACGAAGAAAGACCAGGCACAGAGACAUGCCAGAGAAAGAGCAAGACCAAACUCCCAAAGCAUCAGAACCAGAAGGACAUCAUUCUAGUUCUAGCCCAGAGGAUGGCAUGGGUUUUGGUGUUCCUAAAACCAAGCGUAGUUGUUCUGUGGAUAUGGGAGAAAUGGCAACAACUACUUGUUACACUUAUGCCAAAAGACUGAGUGUCAUAUGGACAAAAAGAAGCCAGUCAGUGCAUGGAAUGCUGUCAAACUGUGGAGUGGAGGUGCCUAGGGGAAAAGCAGUACUAUUCUCUGGAUCAGACGAGCUUGAAGAAAGUGUAGUGUAGCUUAGUUCCAUGAUAUCUUUUGGCAGACAUAUCUCCUUAGUGGAAAUAUGGGGAUUUCUUCUGUAAGAAUUCCAAUGGAUACUUCAACAAUGAGCCAUGUGCAAAACCUUUUUUUCAGGAAUGAUAAAGUGUGAUUUAGCUAAAGUUGGAUUACAAAUUGGCCUACUGUGUGAUAAGCAACACAGAUCAUGAAGAACACCAGAAGAAUAUGAACCAGUUUAAGUAAUUUCACUGGCAUCGCAAAACAUUUUCAAGUGUGGUGACACUUUGUGAUAUAUUCCAUGGAUGUAUGUAAAACAGCCUCUAGAUACCUCAGGGCUGUGUUCUGUUCCACAUAGUACUUAAGGAGCCAGAUAAAAAGAAAGCACCCAUGAUAGGAAGGUAUUUUCUUUCGACGUCAGAAACCGCUCCUCCACAUCAUAAAAUACUAAAAA